CUCGCGCGCGGCGGGUAACGGUUGCCAAGGCUACGGAGCCGCGGGGCCCCCGCGGCCUCCUCUCGCAUGGCGGUGCUGCGCUGGGGAAGAUGUCCACGAAGCCCGUGGUCCUGUUGAUCGCCCUGCUGCUGCUCUGGCCCCUGCUCGGCUCGGUGGAACCGAAUAUGACGAAAUCAACGAGCGAAGAGAAAACGGUGAAGCACUUUGUGAAUGUUUUACAGGAGAUGAUGAGAAGCAUCCCGACUCCAGGUUCAUCGCCGCUGUCCACUUCCCUCACAAAUCAACCAGAGUUAACUAACGCCUCCAAGGCAGACAUCGUCAGCCGAAGGAACGGUGACCGAAAGAACAAGAAACGGAACAGAGAUAGCACCAGACCCUGGACGACAAACCCCAACAGCCUCUCUCUGCACUCCCGGGGUCCCAGUAACCAAAACUUCGGCGUCACGGUUGCGCCUUCCGAGGACCAGAGAACAGCUCAAGGAUUCACUACCACUAGCACGACGCCAUUCUGGAGUCUUAAGCCUGGCAACAAUUCUGUUAUUUUACAUACUAAUGAGUCCUUGUAUGAAAAAAAUGAGGGGACCACAGGGAAAGAGGUUUCAGGAGGGAAAAAUGAGAAAAAUGAGUCUUUAAAUAGUUCAAAAAACGAAACGGUGCCUCAUCGAUCCAAAAGCCAUGAGGUACAUGUGGUGGUGGAGCUUGUAAGAACAACAAGAAGCAACGUGCCAACCCUCCCACCUCCCACUGUGAAGCAGUUAUUUAUAAAUCCCAAAGAGAUUUUGGCAUCGAUUGGGGAGAUUAAUAAAGAUAUCCAGAAAGCCCCCGUUUAUGCCAAACACUAUUCACUGUUCAAAGAUGAUAUAGAAUCCGUAAAAAAAGCCUUAGGCAAAAGCCUUGCUCUAGAAGCAGCAGCAGAGAACUCAUUAAAGAAAUUUCACAACAUAUCUCCUAACAAAAUAAGCGGCAACACUAAAGAGCAAAAGAUAAUUACGUUUAUCAACUUUCUAUAUGAGCAGAAGUCCAAUCUCACUUCAUAUUUGCAUAUGAGAAAUAUUCCAUCAGAAGUUAGUGAAAAGGCUGCUGUUGUAUUUAAUAUUAUGAAAAGGGUAUUUUGUGGUGAUGUCGAACAGAGAAACCAAAAAGUUUUAAAGAAGUUGUUAAAGGAUGAUAUAAAACUGUUAAAUCUAGUUGUCGGCAAUCACAGCAAGGUUAUAUACUGAAUUAUUUGUUCGUGUCUAAGCAAAACCCACCUCAUUUAAUUCCCUGAAUUUUUAAGAGGAAGAUUUUUGUACCGGAGCCCCUGUGGUAGCAUCCAGGCUUGUCUUGUACUGUGAAAAAUAAUUUGAAAUCAUUAAUUAAAAACCUGGUGUCUUUAAACAAG